GGAGGACGGGAGCGGGGGCGGGAAGUUCCCGAAAGGAGCAAGACAGGGAGGGACAGGGCUCAGGAGAGGAAGGCGAUGCGACGGACAGGCGCACCCACUCAGUCUGACUCUCGGGGGCGAGGUCGAGCCAGGGGCGGCUGCCCUGGGGUCGAGGCGACGCCGUCUCUUCCUCCACCUCGCGGCGGAACCCGAGGACAGGAGCCUCAGAUGAAAGAAACUAUCAUGAAUCAGGAGAAACUCGCCAAACUGCAGGCACAAGUGCGCAUUGGUGGAAAAGGAACUGCUCGCAGAAAGAAGAAGGUGGUUCAUAGAACAGCUACAGCAGAUGAUAAAAAACUUCAGUUUUCCUUAAAGAAAUUAGGGGUAAACAAUAUCUCUGGUAUCGAAGAGGUGAAUAUGUUUACAAACCAAGGAACAGUGAUCCACUUUAACAAUCCUAAAGUUCAGGCAUCUCUGGCAGCGAACACGUUCACCAUUACCGGCCAUGCUGAGACAAAGCAACUGACAGAAAUGCUACCCAGUAUCUUAAACCAGCUCGGUGCAGACAGUCUGACUAGUUUAAGAAGGCUGGCUGAAGCUCUGCCCAAACAAUCUGUGGACGGAAAAGCACCACUUGCUACUGGAGAGGAUGAUGAUGAUGAAGUUCCAGAUCUUGUGGAGAAUUUCGAUGAGGCUUCCAAGAAUGAGGCAAACUGAUUUGAGUCAACUUCUGAAGAAGAUAAAACUUGAAGAAGUUACUUGGAGCUGCUAUUUUAUAUUAUGACUGCUUUUUAAAAUUGUUUCGUUUAUGGAUCUGAUAAAAUCUAGAUCUCUAAUAUUUUUAAGCCCAAGCCUUUUGGACAUUGCAGCUCUUUUCAGUUUUUGCUUAUACAUAAUUCAUUCUUUGCAGCCAAUUAAGCUGAACAAGCCUGGGAAUAAAAUUUGAAACAAAGAUUAAUUAAUAAAGUUCUUUGCCUAGUA